ACGGGCGGCAGGGCGGGUAGGGUGGUGCCCGCGGCCACUCCAAGCCCCAUGGUUCCCGGCUGAAGCGGGCUGCGGCGUUUGCCAGGGAGCCGGGGCGCCCCCCCUCCACGCGACCCCCUUUGUGUGCCGCGGCGGGGGCGCCUCCCCCUCCUCUUCGACCUUCCUCCUCCUCCUCCUUUUGCCUCUUCCUCCGCCUCUUCCUCCUCCUCCUCCUCCUUCUUCUCUGCCAGCGUGCCAGCAGCUCCAGGGCCCGCGGAGGCGGCUCGGCUCCCCCGCCCGCCCGGUGCCCGCGGCGCCCAUGCGGCUGCAGCCCCCGCCAGCCCCUCGCCCCGGUGCCAGGAGGAUGCUGGCCGCCUCUCCCCGAGCCAGCAAGGGAGCCGAGAGCCGCUACCCGCUGCACGCGCUGGUCUGGCACGAUCGCCCCGCCGAGCUGGAGAGGAUGCUCAGCGGCGGGGAGCAGGUGGAUGUAGAACAGGUGGACCCCCGAGGCCGAACUCCCUUGCACCUGGCCACCACCCUGGGCCACCUGGAGUGUGCACGAGUUCUCUUGCGGCACGGCGCAGACGUGGCCAAAGAAAAUCGGUCCGGCUGGACAGUGUUGCAGGAGGCUGUCAGCACUCAGGACCUGGAGCUAGUUCAACUGGUGCUGCGUUAUCGGGACUACCAGAGAGCCAUCAAGCGUUUGGCCGGGAUCCCCAUCCUGUUAGAAAAACUACGGAAGGCUCAAGAUUUCUACGUGGAGAUGAAGUGGGAAUUCACGAGUUGGGUUCCCUUGGUCUCCAAGAUUUGCCCCAGCGACACGUACAAGGUGUGGAAGUGCGGCCAGAACCUGCGGGUGGACACCACAUUGCUAGGAUUCGACCACAUGACGUGGCAGCGUGGGAACCACAGCUUCAUCUUCCGGGGCCAAGAUACGAGUGCCGUGUUCAUGGAGGUGGAUCACAACCGGCAGGUGGUAUACUCCGAAACGCUGGCGCUGGCUGCCCACGACCAGGAGACCAUCCUGGCGGCCAUGCAGCCCACCGAGGAGCAGGUGAUGGGGCGCCUGAUGGCCCCCGUGGUCGCCACGCAUCUGGACAUGCGCAAUAUUGCCUUCGAGAGGAACAAGACGGGUAUUUUAGGCUGGAGGAGCGAAAAAACCGAGGUGGUGAACGGGUACGAAGCCAAGGUUUAUGGGGCUUCCAACGUAGAACUCAUCACCCGGACGCGAACCGGACACCUUUCCGAGCAGCACAAAGGAAAAAGUAAAGGUGGCAAAACCCCACUGCAGUCCUUCCUGGGCAUUGCUGAACAACACGUGGGUCCCAACAAUGGGGCUCUCAUCACGCAGACGCUGAGUCACGCCAACCCCACCGCCAUCACGCCCGAGGAAUACUUCAACCCCAAUUUUGAGCUGGGGACCCGGGAUAUGGGGCGACCCAUCGAACUCACCACCAAGACGCAAAAGUUCAAAGCCAAGUUGUGGUUGUGCGAAGACCACCCCUUGUCCCUGGCCGAGCAGGUGGCCCCCAUUAUUGACCUCAUGGCGGUCAGCAACGCCCUCUUUGCCAAACUCCGGGAUUUCAUCACACUGCGCCUGCCGCCCGGCUUCCCCGUCAAGAUUGAAAUCCCCAUCUUCCACAUCCUCAAUGCUCGCAUCACCUUUGGCAACUUGAAUGGCUGCGACGAGCCGGUGGUCUCCCUCCGCAGCACGGGCAGCCCCAGCAGCGAUGCCCCCUCGCCCGGGAGUGACCGGUCCAGCAUCAGCAGCUCGAGCUCCCUCGGCUCCUGCCGCUGCUUUGAGAUGGACCCCUCCCUCUUCGAGGCCCCCCAGGGCUACAGCGUCGUCGGGAGGCAUCCGGAGCCGUUGCGGGAGGACGAAGACGACCUCCUGCAGUUCGCCAUCCAGCAGAGCUUGCUAGAGGCGGGCAGCGAAUACGACCAGGUAACUAUUUGGGAAGCUUUGACCAACAGCAAACCAGGUACCCUGCCAAUGUCCCAGGAAGGGCGCAGAGUCAACAGGACACCCCAGCACACGCCACCCCCGCGGCCUGCCACCCCUCAGCCUCCGCUGCCCGCAGCAGGCCGUGGCCCCGGCCACGGGUUGCCCACCUACGCCGAGCAGCUGCGCCUGGCCAUGGCGCUGUCCGCCAAAGAGCAGGAAGAGGCGGAACGGCGUUCGCGCCUGGAGCAGGAAGAACUGGAACGGAUCCUGCGCCUCUCCCUCACCGAACAAUAGGCUCCUCCCCCUGAGGGUCUCUGGGGGUGGGGUUAUGCACACACACAGCCCCGGCCAGUCCCCGGGGCCCACCAGCCAGCGCUUAACGGACUGUGCCUUCCCCAGUACUGACUCAGCUCGUGCACAAACCUGAGUAGCACCAGGACGGAGUGAGGCGGGAUGUGAGAGGAACAGCCGGGGAGGGGGGGGGGGGCUGGCAGGGGUCCGGACACGUUUCCCCUUUCACAAUUGAGCCAUUUAAUUUGACCCUCCUUGGACGGUGGGAGGGUUUAAAUCAAUCCGAGGUUGACCGCUAUCCAGCUCUCUUCCCCGUCGCUCAUUGCGGUAAAUAGGGGGGAGGGCUUCCUUCCCUGCCCCCUUUUUUCUGGGCCAGGGGCUGCAAGGCUCUGGGUUCCAUCCAUUAGGCAGGUAGUGGUACAAGUCUCCCCCAUCGGGGUGCAAAAUCCCAGAACGCCACCAGAGGGCGCCAGCAUUCCCCGUCGGGCUGUUCUCUGAUUUUUGGCAAACCUAAUUCGAGACCCCAAUUCUUAACCUGGGUGCAAUUGGAGAACGGCGGGAAGCUCAGGAGGAGCCGAUUUGUGGGGUGGGGGAGCAAAUUUGGAGCCUUAACACCUAAUUGUUGGAAUGGAAGAUAUGCUGGGUUUCUGUCUUGAGCAGCAGGUUGGAUUAGAAGACCUCCAAGGGCCCUUUCGGUCCUAAUUACAGGUAGUUCUCAACUUAACAAUCAUUUGUUUUGUGACCACCUGACGUUGCAACAGCCUUGAAAUAUGUGACUUAUGAUCAUUCCGUCCCCCACUUUCCCCCCCAAAACGACAUAAAGUCUAAUCACGUCACUGGGGGAAGUUGCAAAGAACCACAGUUGUGUCCAAUUGCCAACAUCCGGUCACGUGAUCAUUUCCAGGGUGUGUGUGGGGGUGGCAGCCUUUGGAACGUCAGAACUGGGGUUCCAAACCCCCCCAGGGGAGAUCCAUCCUAACAGGUCAUAAGUCAAGGAGCAGGUAGUCCUCGACCCACGACCACAACCGAGGCCAACGUAUCUGUUGCUAAGCAAGACAUUUGCGAAGCGAGUUCUGCCCCAUUUUCUUGCCGGUCGUUAAGCGAAUCGCUGUAAUUGUUAAGUCAGUAACCCGGUUGUUAAGUGAAUCUGGCUUCCCCACUGCUUGUCGCAAAAAGGGGAUCAGGUGACUCCAGGGACAUCGCGACCGUCAUAAAUUUGAGCCGGUUGACAAGCGUCGGAAUUUUGCUCACACAAAUCAGGCAGAGAGGCUGAAAAGGGUCGUAAGUGCAAGAAAUGGUCAUAAGUCACUUUUUUUCAGUGCCGUUGUAACUCAGGGCAUUCAACGAACUGUUGUUAAGUGGAGAACUACCUGUGUUGAAUUCAGGAAAUGCAAAAAAUGGAAGCAAAAGAAAGGAGAAGGAAAAAAACACAGCUUACGGGACUGAAUCCUGGUUUAAUUUAGCACAGACAUCAGAAGCCUUGUUAAUUCGGGGAUGAGCACAUUAAAAAAAGAAGUCGGUGGGGCUUGGCCGCCAUCUUGACUUUUUUGACCCACACCCCUUCAGACCUUCCCGGAAGCCGAUCAGAACUUCUGUCUUUUGUUAAGCACAAGAAAAAAAAUCCCCCGGAGAUAUUUGGGGGAUCCCCACGGCAGCGUGUCUCCCCACCACCUUCCCACACGCCCCAAUUUCUGCACCAGUAGCACCAAGUGCACUUAACCCCGCGCCCCCCUGCCUGCCAAUCAGGUCUACACCCGCCUUCUGGGAGGUUCCAGGUUUGUUUCGUGGCUGUGCCCCCCCUCCCCCGACUGAACCCCCUCCCCUCCCUCAAUGGGUGCAGGGCCAUUUGUGAGGUAUUGGGGUGGGAGGACUUGGGUGCAAGAGGAGGCAUUGCCAACAAGGGGAGGGGUGGGGGCAGGCCAGGUGGGAGAGGGGAAUAUGGGGAGACACGGGGUGGGGCCCCAACCCUGCACCCCCUUUUCUCCACCGCCCCUCCAAAGCCUCUUGGACACGCCCCUUGCUGUGAGGGCCUAGGUGGGUGGGUGGGCUGCUAAGGAUUGGGUGUUUUCCAAUUUGCCUCCCCUCCUCAUUUCCAAGGAAGACCGCCCCCCCCCAUCCCCAUUGCUGGUGUCCCCUUGCAAGGUUGUUACAAUCCUGCCAUUCCAUGGUGCUAACCUCUGGGGGGUGGGUGGGUGGAGACCCCUCUGCCAGGGUAGGGGUGAGGACAAUGGGGGAGGCGAACAGCCUGCAGCCCUCUCCUCUUCUAUUACCCCCCCCCAGGGAAGCCAGAGGGGGCCUUGUGUUUUGGGCGGUGGGAGGGCCAAAGGGGCUAAGAUCAAACUACAGCAAUUACAAGGAGGGGAGGGGGCUUCUGGGCGCCCCACACAUCUGGGGAAGGCGAUGGAGACGUACCACCUGGGGGCCAGGUGUGUUUACCUGCACAGAAACACCAAUAAAAUACCUUAAGAACCCUUGCUUGUUUCUGCCUCUGGUUUUUUGGGGGUGUGGGGGGAGGGGCCAGCACUUAGGAGAGGGGUGGGCAAAAGGCCCCUUUGCUUAAAUUUGAAGCUGCACUUCAGUCCCACCUCUUCAGGUACACAGGUGGGGAAAAAUAUCCAAAUAUUGUGCAUUCGUCAGCAGCGUCCUGGCACAGGUAGCCCUCAACGUCAUGACCUCGUUUAGCGACCGUUCCAAGUUACAACGGCCCUGAAAAAAAUGGACUUGACCGAGGUCAAGUUAUAACUUCUUGAAUAAAUGGUCAUACCUCGAGGAUUACCUAAAAGCAAUCCGAUCUGGGUUGCAAAGAUUGCAAUGGCCACCAGGGGGCAGGGUAGAGUUAGGUUUGGGGGAUCUCUGUGCAGUACUGCCUCCUGGAGUUCCUUUGCGACUCUGCAGAUCUGAUUUUUGUUGCCCUAUUGUACAGGAUUGAACAGGUAGUCUUCAACUUACAACAGUUCAUUUAGUGACCGUUCAAAGUUACAACGGUGAUGAGAAGAAGGACUUAGGGCCAUUUUUCACACUUGCAACCUUUGUAGUAUAUCUGUGGUCAUGUGAUCAAAAUUCAGAUGCUUGGUAGCUGACUCACAUUUAUGACAGUCGCAGUGUCCCGGGGUCACGCGAUAACCUUCUGACAAGCAAAAUCAAUGGGGAAGCCAUACUCAUGGUUCACUUAACAACGGUGGCCAGGAAAGUCGUAAAACGGGGCAAAACUCUCUUAACAAAUGUUUCACUUAACGUACAUUUUUGGCUCAGUUGUGGUCGUAAGUCGACUACCUGUAUUUAUUCAU